AUGAAGAUAGCUGCAGUGCCAAUGCUUCUGACCCUGGCUCUUUGCCUCAUACAAGAUGCUGCCAGUGAAGGUGAAAAUCAGGAAACAUGCAGUGAAUAUAGGGCACUGAUGACAAAUGGAAAACUGUUCUGUUCCCAAGAUGAAAACCUUUUUCAAAGCUCUGAUGGAAUAGUGUUCAUCAACAAAUGUACCACAUGCAAAAUGAUACUAGAAAAAGAAGCAAAAUCCCAGAGAAGGGCCAGGCAUUUAGCAAGAGCCAGGGCUACUGCCCCAGCAAAGUUGAAUUGCAGUGAUUUCAAGAAAGGAGAAAGGGAUGAGGAUUUUAUCUGUACCCUUGAUAAUGCAGCUGUUUGUGGCACAGAUGGGAAAACAUACAGUAACAGAUGUACACUAUGUGCUGAGAACGCUAAAACCAGACGUCAAGUUGGCAUAAAAAGUGAAGGAGAAUGUAAGAACAGUAAUCCAGAGCAGGAUAUAUGUAGCGAUUUUCCGUCUUAUGUGAAGGAUGGAAGAUUUGGAUGCACAAGGGAAAUUGAACCAGUUCUUGGUCCUGAUGGAAGGACACAUGUCAAUAAGUGUGUGAUGUGUGCUGGGUUAUUCUUAAAAGAAGCUGAAGAAAAUGCCAAGCGAGAAGGUGAAACCAAAAUUCGACGAAGUGCUGAAAAGAAUUUCUGCAAGGAAUAUGAAAACCAAGUGAGGAAUGGAACACUUUCUUGUACAUGGGAGAGUAAGCCAGUCCGUGGCCCUGAUGGCAGGAUGCAUGGCAACAAAUGUGCCCUGUGUGCUGAAAUUUUCAAACAGCAUUUUUCAGAAGAAAAAAAUAUAGCAGAUGAACACCUGAGAAAGGCUAAAGAAAAAGUUAAAAGAGAAACUGAGAAACUCUGCAGUGAGUAUCAGGAUCAUGCAAUGAAUGGAAUCCCUUUCUGUACCAAAGAAAAUGACCCUAUUCGUGGCCCAGAUGGGAAAAUGCAUGACAACUUGUGUUCCAUGUGUCAAGACUUCUACCAAGCAAAAGCUGAAGAAAAGAAAAAGGCUGAAGCAAAAGCAAGAAGUAAAAGAGAACCUGGAAAAGCAGGCUCACAUGCACUGUGCAGUGAAUACCGCAAGUUUGUGAGAAAUGGAAAACUCUUUUGCACCAGAGAGAGUGACCCCAUCAAGGGCCCAGAUGGGAAAAUGCAUGGCAACACCUGCUCCAUGUGUGCGACUAUCUUCCGAGCAGAAGAAAAAGAAAAGAAAAAGAGGGAAGGUGAAUCAAAAAAUAAAAGGCAAUCUGAGAAUACAUCUUCCUUUGAGGAGUUGUGCAGGGAAUACCACAAAUCCAUGAAGAAUGGACAACUUCUUUGCUCUAGAGAGAACAGCCCCAUCCAGGGCCCAGAUGGGAAGGUGCAUGGCAACCUCUGCUUCAUGUGUGAGGCUCUCUUUCAACAAGAAGAAAGAGCAAGAGCAAAGGCUAAAAGAGAAACUGCAAAGGAGCUGUGCAGUGAAUACCGUAACCUUGUGAAGAACAGACGUCUUCCCUGCACCAGAGAGAAUGACCCCAUCAAGGGCCCAGAUGGGAAAAUCCAUGGCAACACCUGCUUCAUGUGUGCGGCCUUCUUCCAGCAAGAAGCAAAAGAAAAAGAAGCUGAAUCCAGAAGACCUAAGAGAGAAGCUGAAAAGGAUACAUGCAGUGAAUUUCGGAGCCUUCUGAAAAAUGGAAGUCUUUUCUGCACUCGGGAAAAUGAUCCUGUGCGUGGCCCAGAUGGCAAGACCCAUGGCAACAAGUGCGCCAUGUGCAAAGCACUCCUCCAGAAAGAAGAUGAAGAAAGAAAGAGAAAAGAAAAGGAAGAUCAGAGAAAAGCUGCAAGGCAUGGUUGCAAACGUGGCAGAAGAGGGAAAGCUCAGGACCAAUGUGCUGAGUACAGGGAACAAAUGAGAAAUGGAGCACUCAGCUGUACUCGGGAGAUUGAUCCUGUAUGCAAUGAAAAUGGCAAAUCAUACAACAAUAAGUGUGCCAUGUGUAAAGAGAAACUGCAAAGAGAAGCAAAGGAAAAAAAUAAGAAUUCUGGCUACAGAUCAAAUGGGAAUGAAUCAGCAUUAGGAAAGGAUGUAUGUGAUGAGUUUAGAAGUCAAAUGAAAAAGGGACGACUUACUUGCACCCGAGAAAGUGACCCUGUCCAGGGUCUAAAUGGCAAGACACAUGGCAACCUGUGUGCUAUGUGUAAGGAAAAACUGGGAAGGGAAGCAGCCAAAAGAAAAACGAAAGAGCAGGACUACAUGAGAAACACAGUUGAAAAGAACAAUGGAAAAGAGAACUCUGAGAUGUGCAGACACUACCGAGUAUUACCCAGGAUGGGUUACCUGUGUCCAAAGGAUUUACAGCCUGUCUGUGGUGAUGAUGGCCAGACAUACAACAAUCCUUGCAGGCUCUGUCAUGAAAAUCUAAUACGCCAAACUAAUACACGCAUACGCAGCGAAGGAAGGUGUGGGGAGAGGAGCAACCCAGAAACAACACCUCUCAGCCUGCCAGCAUCUGCUGGAAACUUGCCUAAACCUUGUUCCUCUGUAGAAGAUUCUCUAAGAGAGUCUGGAAUCCCAAGAAUGAAUAAAAGGCCUGGCAGUCACAACUUUCCUGGAAAAAUAGACUGA